GCCCUUUCGUUCAAUCUCUCCAAUGUUCCUUCUAGGCUCGCCCAUUCCCUUCCCUUCUCCCUCGAUUUUUCUCCCAAUUUUCCCUCCAACUUUUUCCCUUCAAUUCUCCUCAAUUUUCCACCUCCGAUUUUCCUCCCUCAAAAGCCGAAGGUGCCCCCCUUUUUAUACAGAAAUAGAGAGAACUCCAAUCCUUUUUCUAACUCUAAAUUCUAAUCCCAAUCCCCAAAAUUACAGAUAAUAAUCUAAUCCUAUUUGAAAUUGGAAUCCUAAAAUUAACCUAGUCUUUACACAUCUUCCCUCUUUUAAGGCUAGAUUCAUACCUUUAAAAUAUCAGUACUCCCAAUUUGAAUCGACUUCGAAAAUCUUCUGCGACUCUUGAUAAGGACUUCAAAUCCGAAAAUCUCUUCUUGUGUUGUUGUGGUCUAUCCAAACUUUGAAUGGAUUUAGAGAUAAAUCAAGAAGAAUUUUGUGAAAUUUGGAGAUAGUCGGCGGCAAAAGGAAGAAACCCAUUUUUUUGGGAAGCUAGGAGAAAGAGCAGCAGAUCCCGGCCGGAUUCCGGCGACAUUGCGGUCUCCCUUAGCUAGGUAACUUCCUGAUCCGAACACGUAAGGGGCGCCUUCGGGUUUUUGCCUCCGGGACUACUCCAAAACGGUGUACCCGGAAGCAUGACGACCUACAAAGCGCCUCUUACGUGCCUGUUUGUUCAUUUGGUGAUGGAUUUUUUGGUUGAAUGUACUGUCCACUUUAAUCUUGAAUAUACAUGCUCAGUUUUAGUUUAUGUUGGUGCAUUUUGAAUGCAAUUAGGCUCCGUUAGUAUGAUUUUGCUUUCAAUUGAGUACGUACUAAAAAUUUUUCUGCUCAACCCAAAGUUGGCCGCAAUCGACCGGUGGAGAUGUCCUAUUUUUAUGAUGUCACGUCAACCCAAUGCAUUCUUGAGUGGAUGCAGGCUUCGGUUUUGGCAAAGAUGGAUUUACGGUUGGUUAAAGAUAGAGCUACCCACAGCUUCUUCUGGUGAACUACGAAUUCCUGUUACGACUACGACUUCAGAGAAAAAAACAUUGAAAUACAAGAGAUUUACUCUUGAAGUAUUUGGUCGACGUGUUAAAUUGAGCUUAAUGCUCCAAAAUUUCUCUGGAAUCAAACAAAUUUAUGAUUUGAAGUUGAUGCAUUUCUAUAGCCUUGAGAUUCUUCGAUGUACGUGUAAUCAUUUUUCAACAUUAAAAGUUCUAUCUCUGAGGAGUUGUGGAGUGGUUGACGCGAUGUUUGAAGCUACCAAGCAGGGCAUUGUUGAAUUCGUCGUUGAGCUACUGAAAAUAACCCAACCACUCAUUGUCACUGACAUUGAUGACAGACACGUUUUCAUGAUAGCAAUCCAAUAUCGUCAAGAAAACAUUUUCAACCUCCUGUAUGGCAUUAAUGAGGAAUGGAGAGCGCGUUUUCUUAAUUGGACAGAUAGAAACUGGAAUAAUAUGUUACACGUGGCAGGGGAGAUAGCUCCUCCCUCUCAACUUGUCCGAAUCUCUAGCACUGCAUUGCAGUUGCAAAGAGAAUUACAAUGGUUUAAGGAGGUGGAAAGAAUUGUUCCAGAAUGGUGCAAAGAAUCUAAAAAUAGUAAUGGUGAACCUGAAACCCCUUAUGAAGUAUUUUCAAAUAGCCAUCGGAAUUUAGUGGAAGAGGGGGGAAAAUGGAUGAGGGACAUGGCAAAUUCUUUUAUUAUUAUAGGUACUCUCGUUGUCACGAUCACGUUUGCUGCAGCCUUUACUAUUCCAGGUGGCAAUGCUCAGGAUGGGUCUCCCAAUUUUUUACGGAAAAGAUUAUUUAUGAUAUUUAUAAUAUCUGAUGCGAUUUCCUUCUUUACUGCAUCAACUUCAGUCUUAAUGUUUUUGGGAAUCCUUGCACGGCGCUUCGCCCCGGAAGAUUAUCUCGAGUCCAUACCCAAGAAGUUGAACAUGCUCCUCUCCACUAUUCUUAUUUCUAUUGCAGCAAUGACGGUUAGCUUUUCUGCUGCUCUUUUGAUUAUGAUACAACAUCGACCGUGGGCAAUCAUUCCCAUAAUUAUAAUGGCUAGCAUUCCAGUUACAUUUUUUGUAUUGUUGCAGUUUCCCCUCCUUGUUGAAAUGUUUUCUUUGACAUAUGCUACGGGAAUAUCUUUUAACAGAAAAAUGAAGCCUUGGCUGUAUACAUAGUGGAGACCAAGUUGAUUGAUCUUUUUGGAACACGAGUAGAUUCCCCUUCAAGUUGAAAUUCUUUAGCUUGUUCUUUGGUUAUGUUUGUUGGAACUUCUAAUUUCCCUGUUCUAUUUGGUUGGAUUAUCAGAUUUUUUGCUUUUAAUUAUGCGAAUGUGGUUUAUGUACCUUCUCAUUGUGUAAAAACAAUGUUAAGCAUACAUGUUAUGUUAUAUUUUCAGAUAUUUUGCUUUCUUAAAUAUAUAUGUGAUUGAUGG